AUGAUUAGAGCAAGACAAUCAUUAAGAAGGAUUAGUCCCUUGGUUAAAUACUCUGGAGUCAGAGUUAAUACCGUCAGUUUAAGAUUCAUUGCUACUGCUAAUACUUCAAGUGAAAAUUAUAAUAAGAUCUAUGAUCCUGAUUAUAAAACAGUUAAAUUUGAUAACUUAGAUACUUUCACAAGACGUCAUAUUGGUCCUUCGCCAGACAAUGUCAACAAGAUGUUGAAAGAUUUAGGAUAUUCUGAUUUAGAUGAAUUUUUAGCUAAAGCUAUACCUGAACAUGUUCUUUUCAAAAGAAAGUUAAAAGUUCAACCAGAAAAUGGAUUUACUGAAUCGGAAAUGUUAGAUCAUUUGCAUGAAUUAGCUAAUAAGAAUAGAAUUGUAAAAUCUUUCAUUGGUAAAGGUUAUGCUGGUACUAAAGUUCCACCAGUUAUUCAAAGAAAUUUACUCGAAUCACCUGAAUGGUACACAUCAUAUACUCCUUAUCAACCAGAAAUCAGUCAAGGUAGAUUAGAAAGUUUAUUGAAUUACCAAACUAUGGUUUCAUCAUUAACUGGAUUACCAAUUGCCAAUGCUUCAUUAUUAGAUGAAGGUACUGCUGCUGGUGAAGCUAUGUCUAUGUCUUUCCAUAAUUUAAGAGGUAAGAAGCACAUUUACGUCAUAGAUAAAAAUUUACACCCUCAAACCAUUGAAGUUAUCUAUUCCAGAGCUGAAAAUAUCGGAGUUGAAAUUUUAGAAAUCGAUUUAACAACUUCUGAAGGUAUCGAAUUAUUAAAAUCCAAAUCAAGUGAAAUCUGUGGUGCUUUAGUCCAAUAUCCUGGUACUGAUGGUUCAAUUCACGAUUACAAACAAAUCGGAGAAAUAGUUCAUGCUAAUAAAGGUUUAUUCGCUAUGGCCACUGAUUUAUUAGCUUUAACUUUAAUCAAAUCACCUGCUGAAUUUGGUGCUGACAUUGCAUUAGGAAAUUCCCAAAGAUUUGGUGUUCCAUUCGGAUAUGGUGGUCCUCAUGCGGCUUUUUUUGCAACUACUGAAAAAUACUCCAGAAAAAUUCCUGGUAGAAUUAUUGGAGUUUCUAAAGAUAGAUUAGGCAAAAGAGCUUUAAGAUUGGCUUUACAAACCAGAGAACAACAUAUUAAAAGAGAAAAAGCUACCUCUAAUAUUUGUACUGCUCAAGCUUUGUUAGCUAAUAUGGCUGCUAUGUAUGCUGUGUAUCAUGGACCAAAAGGUUUGAAAAACAUUGCUUCAAGAGUUUAUGGAUUCACCAAAAUCUUAGCCGAUUCCAUCAAUGGACACGAAAUCGUUAAUAACAAUUUCUUCGAUACAUUAACUAUCAAAUUAAAUGGUAAAACUGCCGAUGAAAUCUUAUCCAUUGCUUUAAAUGAUUACGAAAUCAACUUAUUCAAAGUCGAUGAUUCAACUGUUUCUUUAACUUUGGAUGAAACCAUCACAAAAGAAGAUUUACAAUCAUUAAUCAAAGUUUUUGGAGGUGAUUCAACAUUACCAGAAGAUUUACCAGAAAUUCCAAGUGAAUUUUUAAGAUCAGAUGAAAUCUUAACUCAUGAAGUUUUCAAUACUCAUCAUUCUGAAACUGCCAUGUUAAGAUACUUACACUUACUUCAAUCAAAAGAUUUAUCUUUAGCUAAUUCAAUGAUCCCAUUAGGUUCAUGUACUAUGAAAUUGAAUUCUACUGUAGAAAUGUCAACCUUAUCAAUUCCAGGAUUCAAUUCUAUCCAUCCUUUUGCUCCUAUAAAUCAAGCUGAAGGUUACAAAGAAUUAAUUGCAGAAUUUGAAAAAGAUUUAAACGAUAUUACUGGUUUUGAUGCCACAACUUUAAUGCCAAAUUCUGGUGCUCAAGGUGAAUAUACUGGUUUAUCAUUAAUCAGACAAUACCAUAACUCAAGAGGUGAAAACCACAGAAACAUUUGUCUUAUUCCAGUUAGUGCCCAUGGUACUAACCCAGCUUCCGCUGCUAUGUGUGGAUUAAAAGUUGUCCCAGUUAAAUGUCUCGAUAAUGGAUCAAUUGAUUUAGUUGACUUACAAGCUAAAGCUCAACAACAUAAAGAUCAAUUAUGUUCUAUCAUGAUCACUUAUCCAUCAACUUAUGGAUUGUUCGAACCAGGUAUCAAACAAGCUAUUGAAAUCGUUCAUGAAAAUGGUGGUUUAGUAUAUUUAGAUGGUGCCAAUAUGAAUGCUCAAGUUGGAUUAACUUCCCCAGGUGAUUUAGGUGCCGAUGUUUGUCAUUUAAAUAUUCAUAAAACUUUCGCUUUAAGUCAUGGUGGAGGUGGUCCAGGUCAAGCACCAGUUUGUGUUAAAGAACAUUUGAAACCAUUCUUACCAAAACAUUCAUUCUUAGAAACUCCACAUUCAACCACUGAAUCCAUUAAAGCUGUUAAUUCUGCUCCUUAUGGUUCAGCCGCUGUUUUACCAGUUUCUUAUUCAUACAUCAAAAUGUUAGGUGCUAGAUCAUUACCUUACACUUCAGCUAUUGCUAUGUUAAAUGCCAAUUAUAUGAUUGAAAAAUUGAAGAAUGAUUAUAAGAUUUUGUUCGUUGAUGCCAAUGCUUCAACUAAUGAAGGAUUAAAACAUUGUGCCCAUGAAUUCAUCUUAGAUUUAAGAGAAUUCAAAGCUAUUGGUAUUGAAGCUAUUGAUGUUGCUAAAAGAUUACAAGAUUAUGGAUUCCAUGCCCCAACCAUGUCAUUCCCAGUUGCUGGUACUUUAAUGAUUGAACCAACUGAAUCAGAAAAUCUCGGAGAAUUAGACAGAUUCAUCGAAUCAUUAUUAUCCAUCAGAAAAGAAAUUGAAGCUUUUGGUAAUGGUGAUAAAUCCGGUAAUGUCUUGAAGAAUGCCCCUCAUUCAUUAGAUGAUAUAGUUUUAACUAAACAAGAAGAUUGGGAACAAAGAGGUUAUAAUAGAGAACAAGCCGCCUACCCAUUACCCUUCUUGAAAACAUCUAAAUGUUGGCCAACUGUUUCAAGAGUUGAUGAUGCUUAUGGUGAUAUGAAUUUAAUGUGUACUUGUCCAUCUGUUGAAGAAGUUGCAAACUUAUAG